CGUUUAGCCUAUAUAAGAAGGCAUGCAGGCCUCCCUAGAAACCCAUCCCAGUCUUAUCUCAUCCCAAGCUUAUACGUACAGUUAACAAUGGCUGCAACAAACCAACCUACUUAUAGAGUGUAUUGCAGGGCUUCUCCCAACUAUAAUCUGGCCGUCGGUGAUGGUGUGGCUAUUCUUGCACCUAUUGAUAAAAAUGAUGAGCGCCAGCAUUGGUACAAAGAUGACAAGUACAGCUAUAAGAAGGACGCAGGGGGCUUGCCUUCCUUUUCUCUGGUUAAUAAAGCAACUGGUCAGACACUAAAGCAUUCCUCCCAUCACCCUGUUCCUGUGAGAUUGGUUGCUUACAAUCCAGAUGUUCUUGAUGAGUAUGUCUUGUGGGCACAAGCAGAUGAUCGUGGUGAAGGUUACAAGGCUAUAAGGAGUCUUACUAAUCCCGCAUCGCAUUUGGAAGCUGCUGCUUUGAACGAUUGUUCCUAUCAUGGUGCUAUAAUUAUGGGCGGGGUUUGGAUUGAUACAAAUAAUCAGCAAUGGAAAAUUGAACCCCACAGUUGAAUACUUGUGAUGGUGCUGCCUUCUCUAGGAGCUGUCAUGUAUUUGUGUGUUUUAUGUUUCUACCAUAUAAUAAAAGCUUGAUAUGGCUGUCAAUCGAGACGAUGUUGCCUUUUCUUAUGGUUUGGAAUAAAAAUUUGUACCCUCUCUUUUUGCGUUUUCUGUUUCUAUCAUGUAAUAAAAGCUUGAUAUGGCUAUUACGUACCCAAGUUGAUA